AUGGCGCAGCCCGGCACCGUCCUGCCCUUUGACCCCAAGGCGCACGCCCACCUCACCCCGUACCUGGCCGCCAUCCACGCCUCAUGCAUAACCCACGACCGCGCCAUCGCCACUUUUCUCCCGCCGCUGUCACACGAGAAGCUGCUGUCCUGGUGGAAGGAGCGCAUCGCCGAGGUCAACGACGGGAAGCGCCGCAUCUGGAUCCUCGUCGGCGAGAGCUCGCACGACGCCCCGACCCUCACCGCGACGGCGCCGACGGGCCGCCCCAAGGGGCCCGAGGUCAUGGGCGUGGUGAUGCUCGCGAUGCCCUACUCGGAGACGGGGCCGUUCCGCGGCGCCGUGGAGAAGCUGCUGAUACAUAAGAGCUGGCGCGGCAAGGGCGGCGCGACAGCGCUCAUGGCGGCGCUGGAGGCCGACGCGGCGAAGCUGGGGCGGACGACACUGAUGCUUGAUACGGAGACGGGUAGCCCGGCAGAGGCAUUAUUUAAGAAGCUGGGGUACACGGAGCUGGGCAAGAUACCAAAGUACGGGCUGAGUCCGACGGGGGAGCUCAAAGACGGAACCUUCUUCUACAAGCAACUAUGA